UACAACUUUGAAUUGUUCUUCACAUUCUUCCCCUUAUCCAAAAAGCCAAACAAAACCCAAAUGUAAUAAAUAAAUCCACUUAUCCAUUUUUCCAUAAUUUCUUUUCUAUCCAUUAUAUCUAUCUUGCCCAUAAUGUCACCAUAUAAGUUCAAUAUAAUAUCCAGCAAGUAUUAUCAAUGUGUCCAAACUACAAAUCUUGAACUAUACUAGUUGUAACCUUGUAGGAUAUAAAUAAGGGAAAAACUUUGAAAGAUAAAAAAAGAAAAAAAAGAACUCAAGAAAGAAACAUGGAAGUGGAAUUUCAGGGUACAAUUUUGCCUCAAUUUCGAGCAGAAAUUCUUCCCAUAAUCAAACCCAGUAAUACCCUUCUUGGCAUUCUUAAAGUUCCAUCAGCGUUUGGUGAAAACUUCUAUAAUUCAUAUCCAAGAUGGAAAUCACUAGAAAUUCAUUGCAGCAAUGAUCAAAGUACUCAGCUGUCUUAUGUGUCAACUAGUGAUAGUCAGAGGUUGCCUGAGCUUUCUUUCAACAGGCUGCAGCCUACUGAAGAGGAGGUUGAUGGAUUGCAAAGGCGUCAUUUUGGUCGGUUUCUUGCUCGUGAAGCUGUUCUUGAUGAAGAAUAUUGGACAGCAGCAUGGUUGCGGGCAGAAGCGCAUUGGGAAUCAGUUUCAUAUAUGCGGCAUGUUGAUGCACAUAAAAGGAAGUAUGCAGAAGAGGAAUUUUAUACGCUGAAAAGGCGAUGUUCUGGACAUGAUGGAAAUUCCCUCAAGUGCUUCUGUCUAGUUGCAAUUAAAAAAGAGGAUAAAAAAAUCCGGAGAACUGUGCUGAAUAGCGUUGUUGGAACUCUAGAUCUAAGCAUACGUCAAUUUUUACGCGGAGAAAAAUAUCCAGGGGAGACUAAGAAAUCUUCAGGAAUCUUGGCAAGACAAGCGCCCUUUGAUGCACACAAGUAUGCAUAUAUCGCCAAUGUCUGUGUUUCAAAAUUUGCUCGACGCCAAGGAAUUGCUUUUAAUUUACUCUAUCUUGCAGUCGAUGUUGCUACUGCAAAUGGUAUGAAGCAACUAUAUGUUCAUGUAAAUAUAGACAACAAGGCUGCUCUAGAUUUAUACGCGAAAGCCGGUUUCGAGAUUGUGGAGGCUGCCUCAUCCACCUUCUCGGAAGAUCGGAGAUUUCUUAUGUUGAAGGUCUUAUGACUUGUGCUCCUUCAAUGAUUUCAUACAAAUUAACAUCAACAUGUAAAUGUAUUUUUAACCUUCUUAACAAAGUUAAAUCUUUCUUCUACUUCUGAUUGCAUUUUCCUCUUUAUAUGAGCCUGUAUUUUUACUGGUGGAGUAGAAGCAGCCAAUUUAUUUUUACUUUUGGCUUGUGAAGCUUCUGGCAUCGAAAUUGUAAAUACUGGUUUCUAUACAUAAUGACAAUGUGAGCUUUAUGUUUGAGUGUUUAAAAUUUGACAUGAACGUCUCAUAUUUGCUUCACUGUUCGGUUAUAUUCCUUGUGUGUUACUUGGGAUUCGUUACCCAUGUCCAAUUCAGAUAUGAGUCCAAUUGUGUCGGUUGACUAUUUUAUGAAUUAAUCCCAGUAUUUUGAGCCAAAUUGAAG